GAGUCUGAGAAACCUGUGGGUGUUUGUGAGGUCCACCAUAAAGAAGCUAUGAAUAAAUUCUGCUCAGAUUGUAGCCAAGAAAUCUGUUGUAAAUGUAUGGAAGACCAUCAUCGAGACCAUAACGUUGAAGAUUUACAGGAUGUUCAGUCUACCUUAGUAAAAGAAAUACAACAACUUAUGCAGGACUUGAAGGAACGAAUUUCAGUAAUCCAAUCCUACGUCGAAUCCAUUAAAACUGAAUUAACCGUAUAUGAUGACGCAACUGAAACUGUUUGUAAAGAGGUCGACGAACAAGUACAAAAGAUUUGUGAUGCCACCAAAAAACUGGGGGACCAUUUCAAAAGUCAGCUACAAAGAACCAAAACCGAGGAACGAACUGCGCUUGUGAACAUUCUAGAGAGACGGCAGAGUGAUAUUUACAAUAUUCAGAGCAGCUUGGUUUAUACAAAAGAACUGAUGAAAGAUAAAUCUGUAGUUACCUCUAAUGAUGCCAUCAAAAGAUUAAUGACUUUAAAAACAGAGACAGAUUGUGAUUCUUCCGAAGCUCUACCAAGUUUAAAUACAGCAAGCUUUACCCCAUCAUAUAUCAAUAUAGAUCUAUUAUACCAGUUGCUUGGAGCGUUAUCUAACGAUGUAGAUGAUGGGGUUCUCGAGCACGUAUUUGAUCUUACGUCUAUUAGAUUGGAUUGUAGUAAAUGGUUUUAUUCACCGGAACAGCAGAUCAAAAAUACUCGUUGGCGUAUAGGACUUAAACACCAAGCACAGACCUACGGUUCAAUAGAGAUUGGAUUAAGUUAUGAGGGGGGUGGUGACUUCAGGCAAAUUCUCUGUAAAUUUACGGUAGAGAUUUCAACCCCCAAAGAAAUGUUAUUAUCUUAUCCAGACCAGCAUAAAUUUUCAUGCAAACAAAUCUAUGUAUUGCCAACCCCUGGUAAAUCGUCUAGUUGCGAAACAUGGACAAUACGUGUGAGAAUAAACAGAAUAGAUGAGUCUUAUGGGAGUGCUCAUAACAUAGGUAUAAUUAAAUUAACUAGAUGA